CUCAAAAAUUCGCAUUUCUUCGACAAAGUCUCCGACCACACAACAAAACCUGCUGACCAUGAAUUUUUCUGCGAUCAUCGACUAUGACGAUGACUACAUACAACCGCUUAUCAUAAGUUCUCUGCAGAAGAGGCUACCAAGUUCCACGUUCGAGCUCAAAGAUUCAAUAGACACCUGUACACCAGCCUCUGCAGUGCUGCAAUUUAGGGACUAUGAGUCUAUUGACUUUCAGCACGCGGUUUCCAACCCACAAAGUCUCGUCAAUGCAUAUAUAAUCCGCAAAGCUCUUAUUCGAAAGCAUUACCUUUCAAACACUGUCUCAAACUGGAUUACGAAACAUCCAGAAACACCAUUGAAAGGCCACGUGAAAGCUUCCGUGGACUUUGAGCUCGACUAUGCAGAGUUCCUCGAUGAUGCGCUAGUUGAAGCCUUUGAGCUCAGAGAGAGCUUCGAGAAGAAUGAAGGCAAGGAGCCACAAGACCGGGAAUGGUGGAUAUUGAAACCAGGCAUGAGUGAUCGAGGGCAAGGCAUUCGGCUCUUCAGCACGGAAGAAGAGCUACAGGAGAUCUUCGAGGAAUGGGAGGCUGAAAACCCUUCGGACUCGGACGAUGACGGGGAGACAUCUGAUACGGAGGAUGCCAGGAACCACGAGAGAGAGGGCGAUGGCAUCAUCACAUCACACCUCCGUCAUUUUGUCGCUCAGCCAUAUAUACACCCACCACUCCUCCUGGAGCCAUCCAUAACAGAUCAUGGACCCCGGAAAUUUCAUAUCAGGACAUAUGUAUUGGCUGUUGGUGCCCUCAAAGUCUACGUACACAAGCCAAUGCUCGCACUGUUCGCCGCACAGCCGUACUCACCGCCCUGGGAAGCAGACUCAGCAGAUGCUCUCCGAGCACAUUUGACGAAUACGUGUCUUCAAGGCAGCGACAUUCGCGAGGGUAGCGUGAACCAAUUCUGGUCAUUGACCAGGCCUCAAAAUGCCCCAGAGGACUGGAAAGAUGCGGUCUGGAGUCAGAUAUGUGACACAACAGGCGCAUUGUUCGAGGCUGCCGCCAGAGGCAUGAUGAUCCAUUUUCAGCCUAUACCAAACGCUUUUGAGAUGUUUGGGCUGGAUUUUAUGGUUGAUGAGGACUUAAACACGUGGCUGUUGGAGGUGAAUGCAUUUCCGGAUUUCAAGCAAACGGGAGAUGACCUGAAGGGUAUCGUUGAGGGCUUCUUUGAGGAUGUGGUGGACCUGGCGAUCAAGCCGUUCUUUGGCUUAGGCAAAGCAGCCGUGGGCGGGAAUGAAAGGUCGAAGCAAGUGCUUGAUAUAGAUCUAGGGAGGAGAUGAUGUCCUGAGAGUUCUAUAUCUCUAGUAUUGUAUCAAAAAGUUUACUCACGUCCGUCAUAUAUACAAGAUCAUCCUCGAUUAACUAUUCACGCUCAACACAC